AUGAUGAUGGAGAACUACACAGCAGUCCAUGAAUUCUUACUAUUGGGAUUCCCGCAAAUUAAGGGUUUCAAAGCCAUCAUUUUAUUUCUAUUGAUACUGACUAUUUACAUUAUGACACUCAUGAUAAAUUCUAUGAUCAUCGUAUUGGUGUCUACCAGGCAGCAGCUUCAUUCUCCCAUGUACUUCUUCCUACAGCAAUUGUCAUGCACUGAAAUUAUGUUCAUGAGUGUUACUGUUCCAAACAUGCUACGUGUCAUAUGGCUGGAAGGAGCCACUGUCUCUGUCAUAGGUUGUAUAGCACAGACUUAUAUUUAUUGUGGUAUAGGGACAACAGAAUGUCACCUCCUUGCAGUCAUGUCCUAUGACCGAUACCUGGCCAUAUGCAGCCCUCUGCAUUAUACCACCAUCAUGAGCAACAAACUACAAAAUUCCUUGGUUAUCUAUUGUUGGGUGUUUGGUUUACUCGCCACACAGGUUAAUCUUAGUUUUAUAUGCCAACUUGAGUUCUGUGGGCCACACGUCAUUGACCACUUCUUCUGUGACCUUGUUCCUUUUGUUAAACUGUCAUGUACUAACACUCAAGCACUACAGUUAGAGAUUUUGAUUAUUGCUAUCCCAAUAAUGGUCAUCCCAUUUAUUUUAAUUUUUAUUAGUUACAUCUGCGUAUUCAUAACUAUUCUCGGGAUCUCCUCUACAACUGGUAGGAAGAAAACCUUCUCCACCUGCAGCUCCCACCUCUCCGUUGUAACUGUAUUCUAUGGAACCUUGAUCACCAUUUACUUGGUUCCAGCUAGUGGACGAUCUUUGACUGUAAACAAGUUUACUGCCCUUUUGUAUAUUGUAAUAACACCCUUGUUUAAUCCAUUCAUUUACAGUUUGAGGAGUAAAGAAAUUAGAGCCAUCAUGGGAAAUUUACUAAAGACUAAGGAUUAUGACAAAAACAAUACAUAA